AGACAGUUUUGUCAGUGCUGAUUUGGAGGUUGGACUCGUUUCCAGCAAGCAGACAUGUCAUUCUGAUUUCAUGCUGUGUCCUUUUUAGUUAGCAAGUUAACCAAUGUGUUCCCUCUGUAAAAAUGAUUUGAAUUGUGCGUGAGCGCGAAUAUAUAACACAUUUUCAUUUACCCGUUGUUGGUAAUAGCAUUAUGUUACGAGUUGGAAGCGCAGUGGCCUGCAUGGCCUGCAGAAACCUGGUCUCCCCUAACAUGGGGGUGAGGUUCAGGAUGCCCUUACAGAAGCUGCACCCUCUGUCUCGUGCCAUCCACCACCGGUACAACGCCAGUGUCACCCCCCCGCACCGCUCGGCCGCCCGCCACUUCACCUCCAUGUCCCGGCUGCCCAUGCAGCCCCCCAAGCCUCCCCCGGGCGGUCACGGCGGCUGGCGCUACCAGCAGCACCGCAACUUCUGGAUGCUCCGCCUGGCCUCCAGGCUACUCAAGCUCCGGUACAUUGUGCUGGGCUCAGCAGUGGGAGGCGGGUACACCGCUAAGAAGACCUAUGAGGAAUGGAAGGAUAUGCUGCCUGAUAUGGGUGAAUACAAUUGGGUAAUACCUGAUUUCUUCUGGGAGCUGAGUAAACAAAUUGACCUCGAUAAACUAACCAAAAUGCUGCCUGAGUUAGUGGAGAUUGCCAAGUUUCUACCAGAGUUACCUGAUUUAGAUAAGAUAGGAGAGAACUUCACCUUCCUCAAGAGCAUCCUCUUCACCGGUGUUGGUAGUAAAGGAGCUUCUGGUCAGCGUUUGUUGUUAGCCGAAGCCCCUGGGGACACUCCAGUGAAAGCUGCCACAGAUGCCCCGGUCACGGCCACACCAGAGGCCAGCGGCAAGCAGUUUAGGAAGUCUUCAGAUAAGGAGAAGGUGGACCAGCUUCAAGAGGAACUGCUCCGAACUCAGAUGAAGUACCAGCGCAUGCUGGAGAGACUGGAGAAGGAGAACAAGGAGCUGAGGAAAGUGGUGCUGCAGAAAGAUGAGAAGGGCAUCCACCAGAGGAAAGUCAAGAAGUCUCUAAUUGACAUGUACUCUGAGGUCCUGGACAUCCUCUCAGACUUCGACUCUAACUACAACACCCAGGACCAUCUACCCAGGGUGGUGGUGGUGGGAGACCAGAGUGCAGGGAAGACCAGUGUGUUGGAGAUGAUCGCCCAGGCUAGGAUCUUCCCCCGGGGCUCUGGAGAAAUGAUGACCCGCUCUCCUGUCAAGGUGACGCUGAGCGAGGGACCUCACCACGUGGCCAUGUUCAAGGACAGCAGUCGAGAGUUUGACCUGGGAAAAGAGGAGGACCUGGCUGCCCUGAGACAUGAGAUCGAGCUGAGGAUGAGGAAGAGUGUCAAGGAGGGACAGACAGUCAGCCCUGAGACGAUCUCUCUGAGUGUCAAAGGACCAGGUAUCCAGAGGAUGGUGCUUGUAGACCUACCAGGAGUCAUCAGUACUGUGACUGCAGGCAUGGCAACAGACACCAAGGAGACCAUCUUCGGCAUCAGUAAGAACUACAUGCAGAACCCCAAYGCCAUCAUCCUCUGUAUCCAGGAUGGGUCAGUGGAUGCGGAGCGCAGCAUCGUCACAGACCUGGUCAGUCAGAUGGACCCGCAUGGGAAGAGGACCAUCUUUGUCCUGACCAAAGUAGACCUAGCAGAGAAGAAYCUGGCCAGCCCUAACCGGAUUCAACAGAUUGUUGAAGGAAAGUUGUUCCCUAUGAAAGCCUUGGGUUACUUUGCUGUGGUGACCGGGAAAGGCAGUGCCGGGGAAAGCAUUGACUCCAUCAAAGACUACGAAGAGGACUUCUUCCAGAACUCUAGACUACUGAGAGACGGCAUGCUGAAGGCCCACCAGGUGACUACUAAGAACCUGAGUCUGGCCGUUUCCGACUGCUUCUGGAAGAUGGUCAGGGAGUCAGUGGAGCAGCAGGCCGACGCCUUCAAAGCGUCCCGCUUCAACCUGGAGACAGAGUGGAAGAACAACUACCCCCGUCUGAGAGAGCUGGACAGGAAUGAACUCUUCGAAAAAGCCAAGAACGAAAUCUUGGACGAAGUCAUUAGCUUGAGUCAAGUGACACCGAAACACUGGGAGGCCAUCCUACAGAAGAAGCUGUGGGAGCGCGUGUCCACCCACGUCAUCGAGAACAUCUACCUGCCUGCAGCCCAGACCAGUUGCCUGGGAGACGCUGCAGGAGGAGUUUGCCCGCUUCAUGGCGGAGUACAAAGGGAAGGACCAGGACGACAUCUUUGACAAGCUGAAGGAGGCGGUGAAGGACGAGAGUAUCAAGAGGCACAAGUGGAAYGAGACAGCCAUGGACAGCCUG